GUACAAAAAGAAUUUACACAAAAAACUAAUAGUGCUGCCGUAUCUAAUUUCAGUAAUUUGGCAAAAGAGAAAGAAACGUCAAAUUAACGAGAAAGAGUAACCAUAUGGUUUUAAACCUGUAAAGUGGUAGAUUUUCUGAAUUCGACACACAAACAUGUAAAUUCCUUACGGGAAGAUAUUAAAAUACACCGUAGACAAAAAUUGUUGGGAAAAAAACUCCUUAAGAAUCGAUCAGGAGUUUUAUAAAACACUGACUCCUCUUAAACGUAAAACUUUUUCCGAAACUAUGCUUAAAAGAAGAAGUCCAUUUUUGCAUUGUGAAAAUCAAAAUUCUGGAAAAGAAAAUCGUGGCAAAUGUCUUUACUGCAACAAACAUGCGAAUAAUACAAAUAAUUCUAAAACAAAGGAACAAACUAUUCAUAGUAAACAAAUAUCAUGUCCAACUAGAACUCCAGCAUCAUCCUCCCCUGAACGUAAGUUGAAAGUCGAAACAACUGAAAAUGAAACUUUAACUAAAAAUGAAAAUAAUUCAGAUUUUGAAACUGAAAAUUGGUUAAAAUUAAAAAAUGACUUAAGGAAUCUUAAACUGAGACAAAAAAGAAGUGAAAUUGAAAUACAAUCAACUGAAAAGGAAACACAAAAUGGAAAUAAUAAAAAUAUAAACCAAGGACUUAUAUCUAAAAGUCAAGAACAAGAAAAUAAAGACUUGCAAGAAAAAAAGCAAACAUCUUUAACAACUUUCGAAAUUGAAACUUUUUCUAAUGGAAUACAAAAUGAAAAUGAAACCUAUAACUGUAGGGAAUCUACCCAAAUCAGUGGUUACUAUUCCGAAGACUCUAAAAAGGAGAACAGCAGCAUUUUAGACCUCAACACUUGCACCGAAAACUCUUACAAAAUGAAACCUUUAACAAAUUCCACCUUCGUUUGCCCGCAAGAAACAAGUGAAAAUGAAACACAAGAAUUUCAAACAGCAGCAAACAGUUCCAUUGAAAAUUACAAUGAAACUACAAGUAUUGAAACUAGAGAAAUAUUGUCGUCUCCUAAAAAAUAUCCUUUUUAUAAACCGGAAAACUUUCAGAUACCUCUAAUCAUUAUAAAUGAAAUCGAGAUUAUACAUCAUGGUUUAGAAAUGUCUAAAACGGAAAAGAAAUCCUUAAAAUCUUUAAAAGUCCCUUUAAUACCAAUAAAAACCGAAUUUGAAGAAAAUAAAGAAUUACAAAAGAAACUUAUUGAAAUGAAACUUUAUAAACAAAUCGAUUUGAAGGACAAAGCCAUGGCUCAGCUGUUGGAAACUUCGAUGGCUAUAGACUUUCCGAAACUGAAACACUUGUGUAAUUUAAUGUGUGAGAGAAAUGAUGAUGGCAGCUGCAAAAAAAUCCUACUGGAGAAGGAAAAAGAAAAGAAAAUGGAAGAGGAAUCUGAAGGUUUCUUUUAUUCCAUCUGGAAUGCCAUUAAAUAUCCUUUUGUACCGAUUCCUAGUAAAAUAGAAGAAAAGGAUACUAAUGAAAAUAAAAAGGAGAAAGAGCUAAUUCAAAAGGAAGAAAGAUCGCAUGAAAAAAAUACAGAAGCAACGAAAAAUAUUAAAAAAGAUUUAGAGAAAGCGGUUUCUAAGGGGAACGCAAAGGACAAUUUAGAUAUUGAAGAAGAAAUUCCAAAAAGAAUCAUACUUCCGAAUUAUUUAGAUAAGAAUUUUAAGAAAAAUCUAGAAAAGGGAAAAGAAACCACGGACAGUUUAGUUAACCAAGAAAACAACAAGGAACCGAAAGAUCUUCUUGCAGGAAAGCAAGGUUUGGAAACUCAAAAUGAAGAUAGAAUUGAAGAUUUGAUGAAAGAAAGAAAUAAGGAAUUUAAAAAUAUGGAACAGAAAGAAAUAAAAGAAAAUGGUAAUAAUAAAAUGACUAAAGAUAUAGACAAAAUAAACGAUUUUAUAGAAAAAGAAAAGGAAAACGAAGAUUUAAAUAAUAAUAUACAAAAUGCUGAUAAGAUUAUAGUUCCAAAAGAAGAGGACAGCAAAAAAGAAGCAACAGAUAACAAUAAUUUGAAAGAAGAGGAGCAAAGGAAAACAAAUGCGAAUGCAGAAAAUAAAAGUUCCAAUAAGGAAAAAGACAAUUCUUGUCCUAAACCAACAGCAAACCAGGAGUCCAAUAAGAAAAACCAAACUGAAGAACAAGAUAAAAAGAAAACCAAGAAAAAGAAGGCGGGUUUCUUUUCGUUCUUCACAAAAAGAGACAAAACUAUUAAGGACAAUUUGAAAACUUUACAAGAAUCUAGCAACGAAGACGCCAAGAAAAUCGAUGAUAUGGAACAGGUCUUAGAGGAAUUAGAGAAAGAAGAGGAAAACUUAAAACUAGAAAAGUUUAAGGAGGCUUUAAAAAAGGCUGAAAAGUUAACGUUAAUAGAAACAAAGGCCAGAUCCAAAAGAGCGGGUAGUUUUUAGAGAAAAAAACUUUAAAUAUUUAUUUAUUUGUUUAAAUAGUUUUUAAAAGUUUUGUAUAUUGAAAAAAAAUAGAGAUUAAGUACUAAAUAUUUAUGAU